UCAAGUCCCUCUGCAGUAGUCUAUUCUUCAUUGUCUCUCCAAGCCCAGGAGGUCAGACCCUUGAAUCAGAUGCACAGCUGCUUGCGAGCCAGAGUGACUCCCCAGUAACAAGCAUGGACACUGAUGACAGAGUAAAUGACAAAAAGCCCCUUAUCAAAGAUGGCAGCAAGUUCCAGUUUUCAGUGCACGAGUUGAGAAAGAGCCCUGUCAGGGCUGCUGCAGUCUGUCUCGGGCUGCUGUGUGUUCUCCUGCUGGCUGGGCUCAUAGGCCAGAGAGUCUCCCAUAACAAAACAGAGAGAGACCAACAGAUCCGCUACAAAGACUUGGCUAAAGAGAAAGACAACACAGAUGAGAAUCUGCUAACAGCACUUCGAGAGAAACGGGAACUAAACGGCUUAAUGAAAAGGUCACAAGACAGAAAGGAUUACUUAACUACGCUGACAACCCGGUUACAGACCAACAUCAAUCGUCUGAUAAAAGAAAAAAGUGAUCUUAAAAGUAGCCAAGGCCAGUUACAAAUCACCAACAAUGAGUUGAAAAAACAGACAAACCAGCUAAAAGAUAGUCAAACCCUCCUGCAGAAUCAAAAAGAUACCUUAUCCAAAGCCAUAGAUUCGGCGCAAACAAAGAUCAGUUCAGUGAUGACAGAGAGAGGGACUCUUCAGACCACGUUUAACACCACCAUGAAGCAAAAGGAUGAUUUGCAGAACAAAUGCAACAACCUGACCAGCUCAAACCAGCAGCUGCAGGACAAGCAAAACACCUUGGUAAAGAAAGUAGAGCAGUUAGAGGCCAGCUACAGCUCGGUCACCAGUGAGAAAGACAAGUUACACAGUAGUCACCUCAACCUGACCAAAGAGAGGGACAAUUUACAGGCCAGCUACGACUUGGUUGUAAGAGGGAGAGAUGAGUUAAAGGAUAGUGUUGACAUUUUGGCUGAUGAAAGAGACCAGCUAAAGAUCAAUUACGACAACACGGUUCAAGAGAUACAGUGGAUAAAGAAGAUGCUCUCUAACCUGACUGCAGAGAAGACCAAUCUCCAGAAUAAAAUUGAAACACUGAAUUCAACGAUUAAAGAUGUGACCUGUCCUGCUAACUGGAAGAAGUUUCAGAAUAGCUGCUACUACACUUUGAAAGGAAGCAAGAAGACCUGGGCCGAGAGUAGAGAGUACUGUCAAAACCAGUUUGCGGACCUGCUGAUCAUUAACAGCCCAGAGGAAAUGGAAUUCAUAAAUGGAUUGUAUCCAAGCGGCAAAGACGUCUGGAUCGGCUUGACCGAUGAAGGAGUGGAAGGAAAUUGGAAAUGGGUCAAUGGCAAAUCACUGACCACAACGUAUUGGGCCUCAGGUCAGCCCAACAGCUAUAAUGGGAAAGACCAGGACUGUGGGGAGUUCACCCACCGCACCGGAAGGUUCGGGGACUGGAAUGACGAGAUUUGUGACCGUUCGCAAGAGUGGAUUUGUGAGAAGUAGAGGUCUCCCAUGUCAAAUGGCCUAUUUAUGUUUUAGAAUGAUGCAGUGAUAAAUGAAUGAUGAAUGGGUGUUACUUCUGUUUGGACCACUCCGAUGUAUCUGCAUGUUUUAACCCAUGCACUACAAUUCCCUUUCCUAAACCUACCAAUGACCGUUUUAAAGCACACCAUACUAAUUAUGAUGUUUGACUGCAUUUCUCAACCUUCCAUGCAGACCCUCUUUUCCAUGAUCUGCACAAUGGUAUGAAAAUCAUUUUGCAGAUACCUGAAAAUUGAGAUAGGAACUCCCCAGUCAGACGUCUUUUAGUUAAAGUUACCAUAUUGUUGUUUGGUGGUUUUGUGUCCACAUUCAUUCCAGAAGUCUAAAUCUCUUCUGGUGUGUUCAUACACAGCUCUGACAUGUAGGACGUAAAGUCUGCUGCCACAGAGCGCUGCAAUCACAUGCCAUUUAGCUGGAAAAGCAAACUCAAAGAGCCGUGGGCACUCUGAAAAUGGGGAUAUAGAUGUGGCCUUCUUUUGUUUUGAAAAAAUGAGCAGAGUCUGGCUAACUACCCAGUUGGGCAUUUGUUUUUCAAAUGUAUAGCACGUGAGAGCACCAUUCCUCUUUUCCACAUGCAACAGAGAAUAGCACCUGAAUCCAAACAUUUUUUUUUUUUUUUUAAGGAGUUGUUCCUCAUCUGACGUGAGG